AUGCCUCCCACUCGUAAAUGUGAAUCUGGUUAUGACAAACUUAAAAAGAAGAAACGAAUAACAGAGUUGAUAAAUUCUCAAAGGGGAGCUUUGGACAAAUAUGUUAUGAAAGAAACUCAAAUUUCAGUUGAAAAUGAAUCUGAUGAUGUUGAAACUAUGGAAAAGAAUGAGAAUGACAAUGAUAAUGUUGAGAAUCAUGAUAAUGAUGGUGUUGUGCGUAGUAGAGACACAAAUACAAGUGAAACUUGUAAUUACCCUGACAUAUUUGAUCCAAGAAGAUGGGAUGGUCUUGAUGCUAAAAUGAUUGAAUUGUUAGUGUUAGAGGGUCCCAAAAGAGAUUUAAACAUUGUCAAUGGGCCUCUUGAUAAAGAUAAUAGACGAUUUUCUUCAAAUUUGUAUACUAGAGUGUUACCAAAUGGAGAGAAGUUUGAUAGGAACUGGCUUGUUUACUCAAAUGAUCUUGAUAAAGUGUUUUGUUUUUGCUGUAAAAUAUUUAGAAAAGGGGUGGGUAAGGGUGGAUUAACAUGUGAAGGCUUUGACACUUGGAAACAUGUUAAUAUGAGACUUAAAGUUCAUGAGGCGAGUAUGGAACAUGUUACAAAUAUGAAUACUUGGUAUGAAUUGCGACAAAGAUUACAAAAGAAUCAAACUAUUGAUAAAGAAGCUCAAAAUCUAAUUAACAAAGAAAAAGAUCAUUGGAAAAAAGUCUUGCAAAGAAUUAUUUCUAUUGUGAAGUUUCUUGGUAAACAUAAUUUAGCUUUUCGUGGUACUAAUGAGAAAUUGUAUCAGAAUAGUAAUGGUAAUUUCUUGGGUUUGAUUGAAAUGUUGGCAGAAUUUGACCCAGUCAUCCAAGAUCAUGUUAGACGAAUUACCAAUGAUGAGCUUCAUUUUCAUUAUAUUGGUCAUAACAUCCAGAAUGAGUUGAUACUUUUGCUAGCUUCUGCAAAAAAGAAAAAGAUCAUUGAAAAAAUAAAAAAAAAGUAUUUCUCUGUGAUACUUGAUUGUACUCCUGAUAUAAGCCACCAAGAACAAAUGACUUUGAUAUUGAGAUAUGUCGAUAAUGAGUAUAACGUUGAUGAAUCGUUUCUGGGGUUCUUGAAUGUGAAUGACACCACUGGACAAUGA